AUGGCUUUGAUAUCAUCAAUAAUGGAGGUCGCGGCAAUGGUGCCAAUAAACAACCUGAUCAAAUCAGUGUUGGUAGCCCUGGCAUCCCUGCAGCUGACGUCUGACAACUACCCUCAGCAGGCAACUGUUUAUGAUGGGCAGAAUUUCGAUUUCAUCGUAGUUGGUGCUGGGUCGGCGGGAUCCGUAAUAGCCAGUCGACUUUCGGAGGUCACAGACUGGAAUGUGCUACUGAUCGAGGCAGGGCAAAACCCACCGGAUUUUUCAGUGGUUGCUGGUUUAUCAGCAUAUUUGGCUCGCACCAAGUACGACUGGAAUUACGAGUCAGAAGACGACGGAUACUCGAGCCAGAGUCACAAAAACAAGAACAUUCACUAUUCGAGGGGCAAGGCGCUUGGCGGGUCCAGCAGUAUCAACUUUAUGUACUACGUCAGAGGAAACAAGGCUGACUACGACACGUGGGAAGAACUUGGUGGUCAAGGAUGGGGCUGGGAUAACGUCACAUAUUAUUUCAAAAAAAGCGAAGGCAACCAAGAUCAAGAAAUCAUGCAGUCCGACUCAGCUGAUCUCCACAAUUCAACGGGCCCUUUAAAAAUUACAAGACCAGCAACGGAUACUCAGACUACUAAAUAUUUUGAAGCAUUUGGUUACAAGCAUGAGAUAUUGACGGAUACAAAUGGACAUGAGCAGCUUGGAUACUCGUUGCCUCAAUACUCGAUUGCUGAUAAGCAACGACAAAGCGCGGCAAUUGCCUUCCUUAGCCCUGAUACCGUUAAAAAUCGAUCAAAUCUUUUUGUGCUCAAGGAAGCACUUUGCACUAAAAUUAUUUUUGAUGAGAACAAAAGAGCUACUGGCGUAGAGGUGAAAUUGUCUUCUGAUAAAAUUAUAAGUUUAUACGCUACCAAGGAGGUGAUACUGUCAGCUGGUGCGGUCAAUAGUCCGCAAUUACUUAUGUUAUCAGGGCCCGUGUAA